AUGCAGAAGAAAUUUCGAAUUUUGUUAUUCAUUGGAUUGUGUGUGACAGCGCUGAUAAAUAGUGCACAAUCAGAAAAACUCGUCAUCGACACUGACGCUGGAGGUGACGAUGCAGUCGCUAUUCUCCUGGUAUUAUCAGUCUGGGCUGCCAACGAUUCCAAUUUCGAAGUCGUUGGCAUCACCUGUACAUAUGGAAACACUGUGGAGAAGAAUGUGGAAAUGAAUGUACUGCAAACUCUGACGAUUGCCAACAUGUCGCAGAUUCCAGUUUACGGAGGGGCCCAAAAACCGUUGACACGAAAUUUCACGACAGAUUACUUCUUCGGGGCGAAUGGCUUCGGUGACUUUGAGUUUGACGAGGAGAUCACAGCUGCAGUUGACAGAUCGAAACACGCCGCAGUUGCACUGGUCGAUUUAGCUAGAAAAUAUCGAGGGGAAUUGAGUGUUUUGUCUAUGGGACCACUGACUAACAUCGCACUUGCCAUCAGCCUCGAUCCAAACUUCAUCCACAAUGUUAAAAGAUUUUAUGUCAUGGGUGGGAGUGUCUCUGGGGUUGGGAAUAUCGCCCCAGGGGUUGAGUUCAAUUUCGCUGCUGAUCCUGAGAGCAAUUUCAUUCUUUUCAACUCGACCAGAGGAGAACCAAUAUUUCUCCUGCCAUGGGAAACAACUUCAGUGGUCGGAUUACCAAUGAAAUGGAGAACUGAAGUGCUGGGAUCCAUCGAUUCUAGGACCAUGAGAUUUCUGAAUCAGGUGGAAAGGAAAAUUCUUCCUAGAUCCAGUGUGUGGAGAUCAGCCGACCUCAUGACAGCUGCAUUCAUGCUGUGGCCCCAUUUAAUAACGAAAUCCGUUGUAACGAACAUUACUCCAGUGUUUGACGGAGCUGCCAGAGGAGUUCUCCUCGUUGACUAUGGAAAUUCAAGUGGAAAAAUGAAAAAUGCAGAAAUUAUACAGAACGGUGAUUCCGAGAGCGUAAAACAACUGCUCAUAAAAUAUUUCCAAUAA